GAUUUCCUCACCCCUGGAUUUUGGAGAAGAUACUUACAAUUGUAUAUUAUUUUAUUUGAUAGAGAAUGUGAGCAUGUUAAAAUUAGUAAAGAGUAAAGCUAAAAAAGUUUAUGUUAAUCUUUUAGAGUUGACCGAGUGCUCAAUGUCAAGCGAAGGGGCGUUGACACUGAAACAUGAAACGGAAUCUCGCGUGGCCACAAACUCCCCGUUUUCUCCGAAGCAAUUAUCGGAUUGCAUCGAAAACGAUCAAAAAUAAAAUCAAGAAACUCAUUUCCCAGACAAAGCAUUGUCCCAAUCAGUCGAAUUUGAGAGAAAAUCAUGCCCAACUCCAAUGACCCCACACCACAGCCGCCGCCAACCCCGGCCGCCGCCGAUUUGGAGAGCGGCGGCGGUGGAAUCUCCGUGAUCGUGGAGAGGUGGAAGAGAGAAGAUCUCCUGCAAAAGUGCUCAUUGGCGUCGCGUGCGCUCGGCUUCAUCUUCUCUUUCUUGGCCUUCGUCAUCAUGGCCAGCAACAAACACGGCGACUGGAGAGAUUUCGACCAUUACGAUGAAUACAGGUAUGUGGUGGCGGUGGCGAUUCUGUCUACGUUGUACGCAGGUCUGCAAUCAUGGCGGCAAAUUCACAAGCUCCGAACAAGUAAGAAUCUAUUUUCAUGGCGGAAUUUAGCUGCGGUUGAUUAUGGCGGCGACCAGAUUGGUGCAUACAUGUUGAUAUCGGCAGCUUCAGCUGCAAUACCUUUGACAAACAGAAUGAGAGAAGGUGCAGACAACGUGUUCACAGAUGCCUCGGCAGCUGCGAUAAGCAUGGCCUUCUUCGCCUUCGUCUCCUUGGCCAUUUCCUCCCUCAUUUCUGGAUACAAACUCUGUAACCAAUCGUAUAUAUAAAAUUUUCUUUGCUUUUGCAAUUGGAUAAA